AUAAACGGUCACAAGACCAGUUGGAGCGGUGAUUCUUCUUCGCGUCUAUUUCACAUCUCGUCGUCGAUCGGCUCCGGCCUCCAUCAGCGUUGUGUCAAAGAAGAAGAGAUGUGGGGGAUUAUUAGCCAAAAGGGUUUAGGACAGUCCUUGCAACACCUUCGUCCUUCAGCAUCAGCAGGGAGAGGUUUUGCCUCUGCAACAAAAGGGAUGAUGGUGAGAGAGGCUCUAAACUCUGCACUUGACGAAGAAAUGUCAGCUGAUCCUAAGGUUUUUUUGAUGGGUGAAGAGGUUGGAGAAUAUCAAGGUGCAUACAAGGUUUCCAAGGGGUUAUUGGACAAGUAUGGUCCUGAGAGGGUUGUUGAUACCCCGAUUACAGAGGCUGGUUUUACUGGGAUCGGAGUUGGUGCUGCAUACUAUGGUCUUAAGCCGAUUGUGGAGUUUAUGACGUUCAACUUCUCAAUGCAGGCAAUCGAUCACAUCAUAAAUUCUGCUGCUAAAACAAACUACAUGUCUGCUGGCCAGAUAUGUGUCCCAAUUGUUUUCAGAGGACCCAAUGGUGUUGCUGCUGGAGUUGGUGCCCAACAUUCGCAAUGUUAUGCAGCAUGGUAUGCCUCUUGCCCUGGUUUGAAAGUGCUAUCCCCAUAUUCUUCUGAAGAUUCUCGUGGACUGCUAAAAGCUGCAAUAAGGGACCCAGAUCCUGUUGUUUUUCUUGAAAAUGAAUUAUUGUAUGGUGAGUCCUUCCCUGUGUCUGAUGAAGUACUUGAUUCCAGCUUUUGCCUUCCAAUAGGGAAAGCUAAGAUUGAGAGAGAAGGAAAGGACGUGACAAUUACAGCAUUUUCGAAAAUGGUUGGCUAUGCACUCAAGGCGGCAGGGACACUUGAGAAAGAGGGUAUUAGUGCUGAGGUUAUAAAUUUACGUUCCAUUAGGCCACUGGAUAGGGCCACAAUCAAUUCUUCAGUCAGGAAAACCAACAGACUGGUAACAGUUGAAGAAGGAUUUCCUCAGCAUGGUGUUGGAGCCGAAAUCUGCACAUCUGUAGUUGAGGACAGCUUUGGUUAUCUUGAUGCCCCGGUUGAGAGAAUCUCUGGAGCUGAUGUUCCCAUGCCAUACGCUGCCAAUCUCGAGAGAAUUGCUGUCCCACAGGUUGAAGAUAUAGUCCGUGCGGCCAAGAGAGCUUGCUACAGAUCUGUCCCAAUGGCUGCAACUGCCUAAAACACACUUCAGCUGUCCUAGCUACCAUUUCAAUCUACGUUGGUUCUAUGUGGCUGAUCUCUUGCAUUCCUUUAAGUGCAUCUCCCGUCACAUAUAAGCUCUAAGUUUAUGCAAGACUUUGCCUUAAGUUUAGGGCAUCACCAUAUGUAAUAAUCUUCUCUCUCCCCCACCCCCAAUUUUUGACCUAAACUUAAAAUACAAUCUAAUAAUAAAAGUAGCAUCUCAAUCUGGAUUCUCAACAGGAAUGAUACUAUAGUUGGAAGACAAA